AUGUCCUUCUUCUUUAAUGAGGACGUAGAUGAUGAGCCUAUGAAGAAGAGACGCCACAUGGAACAAGAACAAGAACAACAACGACAAAAACAACAAAAUCAAGGCUUUCUUUAUAAUAGAAAGGAAGGAAAAGAAGAUGAGGAUGAUGAAGAGGAUGAUAGACCUGUGUUAACUAAUCCCGCUGCCUCUGGUGGUGGUCGUGUGGGUCUGAAGUUAUUGCAAGAUAUGCAUAACGCCCCGUCUUGUUCUUCUUCUUCUAUUCCAAUAUCUACUGUUGUGGAGCCACAGAAGUUGCGUGUAGUGGAGGAUUACACUCCUCUCUCUGUUGGUGGUUUCAUGGGAACUUCUGCAGAGACCAUCUUGAACAGUGCCCAUAAUGUGCGGCCAGGUGAUAUUAUGUGUCUUCGAUGUCCUCCACCAACAAUGACUCGUCAUUUGGCUGUUAAUUCUGUUUCUCCUGUUGAUAUUGUUGCCGCUGCUCCUUCUGCUUCUUCUUCUUCCGGUUCUUCUAGUACUGCUGGCAUGCAGUUUGUGAAGGAGACGGAUCUCACUGAGGAGGAGAAGCUGUACGGUAAGCGUCUCUCUUGUGAUAUGCUGCGGGAGUUGUUUGAAGUGGGCCGUGUGGAUAGUGCCACAAAC